CAGUUGAAGGUGGCGCUUCGCGCUGAACAGUACGUGCGUCCAUCAAAGCUUUAUUAGCGCUCGUCGUGCAGCCGCCGGUGAGCAGCUGGCAAAAGCGGUCAAGUUCAGCUCCUUUCCAGAACAAAAUAAUUAACUUUAAGCUCAACAAGCUUCAGUGAAAGACGCUUUCAAUUCGGUUUUUCUGCCGGGCUAAAGAAAAACAAAAGUAUUCAACGUAGCAAAUUAAAUUAUAAAUACUCAAGAACUUGUCACAGUGCCAAUUAUUAUGCGCAGAUAAAAGGUGUGCCUUAGUAUCCACCGAAAAUUAUCAACAGAAUAUAUUUCAAAGGUCGCGAAAAAAAUAAAAAAAUUGAAUAAGCAAACGAACAACAAAAACGUGCUUAUGUAAAGUUCUGGCUGUCUCGAAGCAUUAGUAAUUACUCUACCCGAUCGCCAAUCGAUGCCCAGAGAAUAACAAACAAUUUACGCAGCAGCUUUCGGAAAUCAGUAAUAUAUUUCUAGGAAUAAUAAAAGAUGAGCGCCGCCGCUGCUUUAGAAUUGGCCGUGGCCCAUCGUAAGGAACAGGCUAACGUGGGCACCUUGCUGGGCCGGCGGUAUGCGGAGCUGUUGCAUGCCGAGAAACACACAGACUGUAUGUUCCAUGUGUGCGAGCAGCAGCUGAAGGGACACAAGCUGAUAUUAAGUGCUGCCAGCCCGGUCUUUGAGGCCAUGUUCUAUGGGCCGCUGCAGGAGCUGGAGUCGGAAAUAGAGAUACAUGAUAUUAGUGCGCCAAUCUUUAAAGUAUUGCUGGAGUAUAUUUACACGGGCAGCGUGGACUAUGAAAGCAUGCAGCUGGAGGCCGCAAUUGAGCUGUACUAUGCCGCUGAGAAGUAUCUGCUGGAUCAGCUAAUAUCGGAUGCACUGCUAGCCAUAACUCGCAAAUUGCGCUUCUCCAAUGUCCUGCCAGCGCUGGAGCUAAGCGUGUGCAUGGGCCUGGACAGUUUGCUAGAUGUGUGUAUGUCGUUCUUUAUGCGCUGCUGCGUCAACAAUGAUCAGUACAUAAGCUAUCUGAAGAAGCACUAUGUGCACGUGUCCAAAGAGUGCGUCAAGUCCAUCAUAGCCGCAUGCAAGGAGCCGCACAAGCUGCUGAUUUGGUAUAUCUACGAAUGGAGCCAGCGGGAGUGCGAUGAUGCUGGCCUGGGUGAUGCCACCACCACCUGGCAGAUAACAGCGGCUCCAGCGGAUACAAUAGACUGUCCUGCUCCCAUGCCUGCCACGCUCGUCGAACGCUGCUACUACAAGGCCUGCCGUCCGUUUACCGUCGACGCCGAGUCGCAUUGUUGGAGGCUGGGGUUGAAGUGCUCGCGAUUUAUUUCAGUGCUGGGCUUGGUGCUCAACAGCCGCCUGGCGCCAAAUCUUACAUGCAACAUUGGCCAUGUGCCGCAAGAGUAUCGCGAAUCGUUACGCAUUGAUCUUUAUCCAGAUGGCGGGGAGCCCGUGUGGACGCACCUUAUACAAAAUCAGACAACAAAAUACAAUUGUGAUUUGCAUCUGAGCUGGAGCCGCGAACAGGCCUGCGUGCUGACGCCCGAGGUGCACUACGUGCUGCAACUGCGCUGGGAAAGCAGCGCCUACGGCGCCGAGUAUCCAUGCAGCUUGCAGUCCUGCCUGGCCGAUGGCAUUCAGUUCAUCGACGGCGACAGCUUCAGCGGCUGCCUGCUGAAGGGACUGCGCUAUGUGAACUUAGUUUAGAUCCUAUUGUUUAGGUAAAUUAAAUCGUAAUCAUUGUGUAUUUAUUGCUUUAAGUUAAUGUACGAGCGUCAAAGUUCAAUAAACUGUGAAACAAAAAACGAUAUUCAUACCAAACAAA